AUGCCUCUUCCCCAACGAGCCCUGGGCCGAGAUGGCCCCAAAGUCACUACCGUCGGUCUCGGCUUCGGAAGCCUCGGCGGAUUCUAUGGACCAGCUGGGACACUCGACGAAAAAGUGGCCCUUUUGGAGCAUGCACAUGCCGCCGGACUGCAUUUUUGGGACAUGGCCGACAUUUAUGCCGACAGCGAGGAUGUCGUCGGUGAAUGGAUUAAGCGAUCUGGCAAGCGUGAUGACAUUUUCCUAGCCACCAAGUUUGGGCUCCAGCGCCAGCCUGAUGGAAGGCACUCUUUUCGGUCUGGUCCCGAGUACGUGAAGAUUGCAUGUGAAAAGAGCCUCCAAAGACUCGGGGUGGACACCAUUGACCUUUACUAUUGCCAUCGGGUGGAUGGGGUCACGCCCAUUGAAAAGACCGUCGAAGCCAUGGUGGAGCUGAAGAACCAGGGAAAGAUUCGGUAUCUCGGUCUGUCGGAGGUCUCAGCAGUCACGCUGCGUCGGGCACAUGCCGUCCACCCCAUUGCCGCUCUGCAGAUGGAAUAUAGCCUAUUCACGCUAGACAUCGAAUCAUCGACCUCGGAGAUCCUGAAAACCUGCCGCGAGCUGGGUGUAACCGUCGUGGCUUACAGCCCUAUUGGGCGCGGUCUUCUGACCGGCCAGUUCCAAUCUCACACAGAUAUUCCCAAGGAUGACUUGCGCUGCACAUUGCCAAAGUUCUCUGAGGAAAACUUCCCCAAGAUCUUGGAGUGGGUGCAGAGAUUGAAAGACGUAGCCUGUGCCCAUGGAAGCACCCCAGCACAGGUCGCUCUUGCGUGGCUGCUGGCGCAAGGAUUAGAUAUCAUCCCUGUCCCGGGUACAAAGUCAACCGCCAAAAUGGACGAAAACGCGGCCUCUACGCUGCUUCAUUUGAGUGACCAAGAAGUGCAAGGCAUUCGGACUCUAGUGGAGCAAACGGAGAUCCAAGGUACUCGGUACCCUGCUGCGUAA